CGAAGAUCGUCAGACGAUGCAGACCAGUCGGCUGGGUAAGGUACCGCGGACAGGGGUGUGUGGGGUUUGCGGAAGUAAAGGAUAACUCCAGCGGCUCUACACUCUUCACUGAGAUCACCCUUAGGGGAAUAGACUGCAUGUUGGCAACGUGACGAGGGGAGCUCCUGACUUCUCCUGAGACUCCCUAUGUCAUGGCCUACCUUCCGAAACCCCGUCCGGUCGGAGUCGUGGGAACUGACGGAGAAGACCCAUACACGAUCACAAGAUCACCGCUUAAUCCUAGGGUCUUCUGUCGUCAGGAUUCGAAAAACAUCCAUUCAGGCGGGCUCCCUUGGCAUGCCGGCAUCAGGCAACUUAGAGCACUUUGCAUGGUCGCGACCUCGCAUGGCGGCAAUAUCGCUGCAUCACGAGGCACCAGGCCUUUAUCGACCUUGUGUACUCCCAACUGUGGAGUGACCCUGCGCAAGCACAUCACCAGCGACCACAGGCGCCGACGACCUCCAUUCAUCGCUCCGAGCCCAGCUGCGUGCGCGUGGACCAGUGCUUCUCUCAUACGCUAUCGCAGCUUAGCAGGAGCUGUCAUCCUCUCCCAGGGUGCUCUUCGGCCCGCCUUCCCUGUUCGCCCGCUGUUCCCAAAAUCAUCAGUCCCUUCCCUUCCAUCAUCACAGGCGCGUCUCGUGCCACCAAAGUCGGCGAAACCGAAUCUUGUGACCUGAACCUACUGCAACUCACGAGCCUCGGGAACACCGGACUACAAGUAUCAACUAUGCGUUAGCUUCUUAACUCCUCCACGUCUCUUCCGAUGCCUUUCCUCUGCUUCAAGUGGCGAGUUGGGGGCGGCGGCAGUGGCGACGACGACCAAGGGCGGCUCUCUUUGGACGCAUCGGAGCGUCGGGAGCAUCGGUGGCGGCAGUCGUGGAGCCCCCCGCCCCCGACUGCAAUCUCUUCGAGCCCUUUCCGCGCGUGAGUUCGGGGGCUACAGACGGUUUUACCAGGGCAGGAGUCUGGAGCAGCAGAUCCUGAACACUUCCGUUGCCAUGUCUUUCACGUCAAGGGCAGCGACGAGUCUACGGGGAGCUCUGAAACGUCGUUCGGGUCCAUCCAGGAGGACCCGUGGAGCUGGCAAUCUCUCCCUGCGUUCACAGGCAAGAAAACACCCAGCCAGCGGCACCGGCGACGCACGAGCUCCAUCGGAUCGCUGCGGACGAAACCGCGCAGCAUCCAUCUCUCCAUCUCCUCUCUUGUCGACGAAAAGGACGAGUCCUGGCCAGACUGGCUUCGGCCCGACUCGCGCAGCAUGUCAUCGUGUGCGAAUCAUGACGCGUGAUCGAUCAGCGACGAUGGGAUUUGGUAUAUACGAUAUCAUUGUACGACGGAAGAAAUCAAUGCUUGCUUUCCAUGAUACUUCUAAGCAGCGGCGCUGAGGCUUUACGUGUGGCUUGUGCAUUGCCUUGUUCGUAAGCCAUGACUCGCAUUCCCGAGGGCUUACCCUCCAGCGCCACCUGCUCAUGCCUCCGCGCGCGUAUCUCCUCGCUUGGCUCCAGGCCUUUCUGCAGUCUGGAGGCUAGUUCGUCGGCCGGAGCUUUAUCGCUAGACCGAUAAACCACGCCAUCUCUCUCCGAUGCUUCGGUUUCCGCUCGUUUUCCCGAGCUUUUCGGCAUCCCGGAACGACGUGAGCACUCCGAAUACCGUGAGAUUCCGCGUUGCCAUCCAUUUGUCCGCUGCACUUCUCCAGGUCGGCCAGGUCCUUCAGCCCUACGGACACAGACGCCAGCCCGGCGUGAAUAGAGGAAGGAACGGGCUGGAUCCAGUUUAGGCUGAAGGUGUACUCCUUGUAAUCUCGUCGAAGCAGGUCCCAAGUACUGAGAUGGGAGACGUCCAGUUUCUUUGACGCAAGCUCGUCCGAUAAUCGCCUCACCGCAGCGGGUAACUCGUCUGUAAGCAGCGAUGGCGAGUCCAUUGCAGAGCGUGGGAUGAGGUUGCGAACCGCCUCACGGUCGACGUCCAGGGCUUGCCUCCGGGUUUGAGGCAAUUCGUGUCGAUGAGGAUGGCAGAAAGCAAGAGCGUCGAAACAUCCCGCACUGGCAGCAAUCAUCCCCCGCCGCCGGCAGCAGCAGCAUCUGUGCCACAUGCGAGGCACAGCUCCAGCCGGUGCUACCUUCCGCGGAUGUGCAGUCUCCGUGUAAAGGCCCUCGUCGUCGUGGUGGUCAAUGACGGCGACACCGGGGCCUGAGAGGGGAAUGCGGCUCCAAGCCGGUUAUGGUCGACAAGCGCGAACUUGAUCGACGGAGGGAAUGAGGAGGGAGAGAUAUCGGAAAGAGUAAGAAGCUCCUCCGCGGGAUUGUGGAUCCCCGCUAACGCGAGUGCAUGCAUGUUUUCGGGCCGCAGGAUGAGAUCUUCGCGUGCCAUCUGGAUGAGAGGGAUGCAUGAGCUCUUUGCAGACUCUAUCCAUGCAAAGGCUAUCGCACUGGCAAUAGAGUCCAGAUCUGUCAAGAAGGAAGGGGGUUGGGGGGACUAGAUCGAAACGAGCAAAGUACCUCCAGCUUCAUUGCCCAUCACAAUCGUCCAUUCAUGAGUGUUAGACUGUGCUUGGAGAUACUGGGCUUUAGCUUUGAUGAGAAAACUGCACAAGCUGGAAUCGGUCCUGGCUAUAUCUGGAGAGGCCAUGAAUGAAUGAAGCCUGCGGAAACCGUGGUUGGCAAAGAAUCUCUGAAAGAGGAUUGACGUCAUGGAGGAGGCGUGACGCGAUCACAUGAUCGCCAUUCAUCUGCACGAACUCACGAAACGAGCAAUUCAGUAUCUUCUCUCCGCACUUGGUUUUUUCGACAGUGCUUGCUGUUCUUCCUGAAAAAACAAAACUCAAAACGGAUAUUAUGAAACAACUCACACUCAAGCAUUCUGAGAGAAGAACACGGAUCAUUCCGCAUGACGAUCAGCCUGUCAAUCAUGUCGGAAGAAGCCAAGGGUCCAAGACUGGCCCCAAGGGGAAACUAAGUGGAGAGGGGUGCAGGCUGACACAUUGUACACCCAAGCUACUCUCUCACCCCUCACGACUGCCCUUCACGGUCUAAGGACGGCUUCAAUCGGUCUUCAUCCGCUCUCUUACCCUCCUUGACCUUCCGAACCUUGUGGCAUAUACGCGAUCGACCCCAAAUGGCACUCGCUCGCGCAGUAACGAUUGCGCCAACCCAGACGCAGGGUGUCUCUGCCUCGAACGUUAUAACGGCGAGCCACUCCCACCGCCCUUCGAUUACCCCGACGUUGGAGAGUCAAAGGCAACACAAGGCACCCGUGGGUCUCAUCGUCGGCGUCGCCAUUGCUAUCAUCGGAGCUAUCAUCGGCCUCUUCCUCAUUCGCUGGCUUUUCGUUCGCCGCGCCCGCGCACGCCGGACCUCCACGAGCAAAUCUUCUCUCGAUGCGCCAGCUGCAUUCUCCGACCCGAACCCUAUGCGAACGCCAGCGCGUCUGCCUGGCGGACCUGGUGCCGUAGAGCUUGGCGCAUAUCCUCUGUCAUCGGCAUCAAAUCCCAGGAUGGCCCCAUCGGAUUCGUGGCAUACAUCCUUCCCGCACCCGCCGCUGUCAGGCAGCGGCCGACAAGAGCCUGGGCCAGGGUCGAGUCCUACCGAGCGUCAGGCCUGGCUUGCGUCUGAGCUUCGCAGCGCGCAGACGGCUCUGGAGCGGACCCAGGGGUACGGGACUGGGGGAAAUGAGCAACAAGAAAGACAGAGGCUAAGAGCAGAAAUCCGGGAGCUUGAGAACAGGCAGGGGAAUAAGGAUUCCCCAGCCGCGAUGGGUCUUUCAAAGUUGGUGCUUGCCCUCUCAUGCUUUGUUCUCUGCAUCCAGGCAAGUAACCCGAAGCGCGGAAUCGCACUCGUCCAGUCCAGCGAUGCCGAUCUUCCGAAAGGGAGCGGCGGCCAAUGCAGCUGGUUCUACAAUUGGGCAGCGAGCCCACCGGCAGGAUAUCCUCGAUCUCUCGAAUUCGUCCCUAUGCUCUGGGGUCACCAAGACAGCGGCAUUUUCGUUCAAACCGUCCGGCAGUUGGGUGCGUCGACGGUACUUGGCUUCAAUGAGCCCAACGAAUACGGCCAGUCCAACAUCGGUGUGCCAGAAGCAGUCCAGAUGUGGAAAGCAUACAUCCAGCCGUUGAAAAACUCGGGUGUUCGUCUUGGAAGUCCCGCCGUGUCGAGUGGACCCAGUGGCCUUCCGUGGCUCGUCAACUUCGUCGCUUCAUGUUCCGGAUGCAGCAUAGACUUCGUUGUCGUCCACUGGUACGGCGAAGGAGCGACGAACUUCAUCAAUUAUCUGGCGAGCGUCCAUGCACAGAUCCCGAAUAAGGCGGUCUGGGUCACCGAAUUCGCGUGUACCUCCGGCAAUCCCGCAGGUAGAUUCGUCCUCGGUUCAAUCCGAUCGGCUAUCUGAGCAGCUCUUUCUUAAGAUGUUUCCGUCUUCUUGGCGGCCGCCCUGACAUAUUUGGAUGCCCAACCUUGGAUCGAGCGGUACAACUGGUUCGCAUUCGGGCGUCCCAUAAGCGGACUCCAAACAAGCCUUUUGGACGGAGGAGGCAACGUCAACGCCCUUGGAUCCACGUAUAUUUGAAGUGGGUAGACAGACGUAGCUGGCGAUAACAAAGAGCAGGGCUCUAUAGAUCCAAAUGUAGCGUAGGCAGACCCCACAGCCAGUCUGAGGGCUCUCCAAAAAAGACAUGUUUUGAGUAGUCGUCCAAGUUCCUCAUCAACCUCCAUGUAACGUCGAGAUGAAAACGAUCUCAUCGCCAUCUUUGAGCGCAUAAUCGCCCUCUCCCUCUAACUCCCAAUCUGUAUCGUUCACCAAUACCAGAAUUCCUGGCCGUCUGUUCCGGAUCUCGUUUUCGGGUUUUCAAGGAGUCAGGGCGAGAGCAUACGCACACUGUGUCAUUCUCAACGAAGAGCUCUACGCGUUCUUUAAGGAGGGUGUCUCGCAGAUGGAAGAUCAAGAAAGAGAUGUCGACGGGUUUGGUCUCUCCAGAUUCUUCGCCGUAUGUCUUGGAAACAUGGGAAGGCACGAUCAGGCUGUGCGAGCGCUGGUUCGAGAACAAGAGCUCAAGUCCGCCGCUGAAUUCAACUUUGACGGAGGUGG